GGAGGAAACUAGUAUCUGAGGGGCUAGACGCUUGUACAAUAGUGAAGCAAACAGCUCCUAACUGUCAACAACUGAUUUCGAUGAAGUAAUUGAACCGAUUGAACUUACAUUGUAGGCUCCGUAUUUUCUUGCUUUGCUAUUGAACUUGAACUUAUAUUAGGAAAACAUUUUUCCUUUCCAUCGAGAGAUACUUAUGGAUAUGUUGAAAUACAAAAGCAUAAUUGAAGAAGGAGAUCUAGUAAUAGUAUAUUUAGAUGUUCGGCAUAUGUACCCAGUUACUAUGAAAGCUGAUAGUGUUUUUCAGAGUAAAUAUGGAGCAUUAAAACAUAAUGAUGUAAUUGGUCAGAAGUUUGGAAGCUGUGUAAAUUGCACAAGAGGUUGGGUUUAUGUGCUUUUUCCAACUCCUGAACUGUGGACGAUAACGCUUCCCCAUCGAACGCAAAUAUUGUAUGCUGCUGAUAUCAGCUUAAUAAUUGUGCAAUUAGAUUUGAAACCUGGUUCGAUUGUUUGCGAAGCUGGAACUGGCAGUGGAUCUUUAUCACAUGCUUUAAUAAGAGCCAUUGCACCAAAUGGUUUUCUGUAUACUUUUGAUUUUCAUCAGCAAAGGACAGAAGUUGCAGAAAAAGAAUUUUUAGCACAUGGUCUCAGUUCCCAUGUCAAAGUUGAGCAUCGAGACAUAUGUUCCUCAGGAUUUGGCAUUGAACAUCUGGCCGAUGCGGUCAUUUUGGAUCUUCCAAACCCUUGGGAUGCUGUGCCAUUUGUUUCCAAAGCUUUUAAGUUAACAGGUGGUCGUAUAUGUACCUUUUCUCCAUGCAUCGAACAGGUGCAGAGGACAUGCUUGGCACUCCAAGAAUGUGGUUUCCAGGAUAUAGUGACAACAGAAUGUUUGCAAAGGCUUUAUGAAGUCAAGAAAAUUACUCAGCCAGUUAUUAGUUUUGAGAGCUCUAAAUCUGAUGACUCGCAGGUAGAUUUAUUAGUCGAUGGAACUUCAGAAAACAUCGAAGCAGAAAGCCCUUCUUUGCCAAAGACUAGACCUUGGAAUAAAAAUACUUCAAAAGAGAAUGAGACUGUAAGCCACUGGGCAGCAAUGCCACCUCUUCAAACACCUGGGCACACUGGAUAUUUGACAUAUGCAUCUUAUGUACCUUUAGACGUAGAUAUUUUUGAUUCUCAAUAAAACUGUUUCAUUUUAA